AUGCCUGAGCCAGUGGACGAUGCGCUCCGCAGGCGACUGCUACAGCCCGAAAGCCUGCGCGUUGAAGGUCUCUCGAGAACGCAGGACGCCCAACUGAGUGACUCGCUGAACGAUGAUGAAGAGAUAGCAGUGCGCUUUACCGGGCAAUCGGGCUCACCCCAGGCUCAGAGUGGAAAUCUGAACCGAGCGUCUGCCCCUUUCUUAGGAUACUUUGCUGAGGUGUCCUCAGCGACACCACGGCAGGCACAGCAUGUGCAGUGGAAAGCAGCACGUCGUCGACUUGUUUGCAUUUUGUUGGUUCUGGUCCCCGUUAUCGUCAUGAUCGGCAUCGUUGCAAGCCUCCGUCAAUACAUAACCGAGCACGGUACGGAGAGUCUCGUUCGAAAGCGCCUAUCGCACUGGGGUAUUGCCGCAACUGUACCUCUUUAUAGCGAGAAGCGCUGGCGACGUGUAUGGAAUGCAACGCUCACUUACACAGGACAGCGAGGCUUCUUUGGCGUCUACAUCGGAAGCGGUGCCUCCAACAGUACCCUGAACAAAGUAUGGCUUGAAGUACCGAUCUCCGAACUCGAGCAGCCGUUCGUCAUCGAUAGUCUGAUUACCCGCGGCGAUGCUGAGGCAUUCAUGCUUCAUGCUCCCUCUAACCGUGCACAAGAGAACUGGUUUGCCUUGCGUUUAGGGAAACCACGUCCAUCAUGGGCAGUUGAUCUGUAUCGACCCCAGCUCGGGGUGCGCAUUCAGCAUAACGACUCUGAGCUGGCUGCGUCCUAUGCGGCAGGCACAUGGACCGGAUGGAGCAAGAUCCUGCGGAUCGUGGCGGUGACGUACCAGGAUGCGCUGUCCGUGAACAAAACAGCGUCGUUUGAAAAUGUAACAGACGAAACGAAAAACCUUCGCUUGAUCCUGGACGUCACUCCCUGGGUCAGUGACGGAUUCGCGGUGCUCUCGGAAGAUGCACCCGCAAAGCUCACCGCGCAGACGAGCUCGCCCGCGAAAGCGCCCUGGUCUUAUCGGGUCAUUGCAGCGAAAGCGUAUCCAGGUAAUGUCGAGAUCCGAGUGGAGGCUAUGUUUCCACAGAAAGAGGCUGCCAGCGGCUGGAACCCUUCGGGUGUCUCUGCAGCAGAGAUCUCCUUCCAGCUGGUGCGGCUCCCAUCGGAUUCGCUUCCACUCAGACUCGCAGACGAGCGAAUCGGCUACUUUACGACGUCGUUUCUGUUGUUGGAUCACGACGAGGGAAUCCACGAACGCAUCGAUGUCAUCAAUCGUCGACGCUUACCCACCGUAUUCUAUAUCGAUCCGACAGUUCCGAGUCGCUGGAGACUUUGUCUCAAACGUGGCGUGGAGAACUGGAACCUCGCCUUUGCUCAGGCCGGUUGGAAUAAAUCUGCGGCUAGGGUAGAGCCAGCGAUUCGAGCCGUCCUCCCCGAGGACAGCGACUGGCCCUCGGACUACGAUAUCGGUGAUAUUCGUUUCAGCACCAUCAGCUGGUCGCCUUCACUUAACAGUGUCUUCGCGCUAGGACCGAGCAAUAUCGAUCCACGUACUGGGGAAAUUCUCAACUCGAAUAUUAUCUUUACGCACGGAUGGAUUCGCAGUCUGAUGCGACAAUACACAAAUCUGGUCGCUGCGCAGCAGCGCUUGACUGCACCGAACGACAGCAGUCGUCUCAGUGGACAACGUCGGAGUAGCGAAGCCUAUCCCAUGGCGAGCGUCUCCACCGUGCGCGAGUCGCCAGCGCUGCGUCGUGUUCAGCUCGUGGAUGCUGCGCGCCUGGAUACAGCAGCGUUUGCGAUACUCGAGGUUAUGGCACUGGUGUCGGAUGUCGGCGAUGUACCCGAGAGAUUCAUCUGCGAUGCGCUCAUCGAUACCACGAUGCAUGAGGUUGGUCAUGCACUCGGCUUGCGGCAUAACUUUAGGGCGAGCGCGAACGUACGCUGGCAGGAUCUGAGCGAUCCCGAGUACGUUGAACGCAACGGGAUCAGCUCAUCGGUGAUGGAUUACCUUCCGAUUUUGAUUUUUGCCGAUAGUCAGAAGCAAACGCGCUAUUUUCAGCACGUUAUUGGAGCAUACGAUAUCUUGGCUAUUCGAUAUGGAUAUGGAGGGAGCGAGCGCCCCACGCAGCUGUUGGAGCAGUUGCAUUCCAGCAGUCUGUCACUGCGCCAAGCAGUCGACGAAGCAUUGACGGAGCACCGUGUGGAGCUCGCACCGCUUGCCGAGCAGGCCGUGGAGGCAGGUCUCCAUUUUGGUACCGACGAAGAUGACCCCAGUCCGAAUGGUGUGGAUGUCUAUGUUUCGCAGUGGGAUCUCUCCGACGAUCCGCUCGCGUAUCAUGAAAACGUUCGACUGGUUGUUGGGCGAGCGCUGUCGAGUCUGCGCGCCCUUGUGCAUGAGCGCGACCUUUCAUGGAGCGAUUACUCUGAACUUGUCCGGUACGCGCUCUUCUUUGGGAGUCGCAGUGCGCUCUAUGCAACCAAGUUUCUCGGGAGCAUUGAGCUACGUCGGGGUCACCCCGCGGAUAUUGCCCCAGGCAGAGCAGCUCGCACCGUCCAGGUGCCGCGCAAACCCGUCGAUACGGAGACGAUGCAGCGGGCACUUGGACUCUUGCGGCGCCUGCUGUCGCCACUGGACCACGAGGCGAUCCUGGGUGGUGGCUACCCAACGUGGGCUCUGGACCUUGUCGAGCCUGCUGGCAAGUGUGACGGUGUGGUUACUCACUGUCUGGGUACGAGACCGGUUUCGGCUCUGACGCUGCUGCAGCAGACGCGAAGUCAGGUACUCAGUUUGGCCCUGCAUCCACAACGACUCGUCUGGUUGCAAGAGAACGCUUUAUGGGGGACAGCGUCUACGCUUCCACUGCAUACAUAUCUGGAGUUAUUGACGAACAUGUUUUUCGAUCCGAAGAAUGUAGAAACGAGUCCAGAAAAAUUCCCUCUGGUGCGGGACGCCCAAGUGGACUAUGUGCUUGCGCUCCGAACCUCGUUUCUGAAUAUGAGCACGACGUCAAAGGGCCAAGGUGCAGUCUCCGCUGUUGCGUAUGAGCUUCGUCGAAUUCACUGUUUGGUGCGUAGAAUGCUAGAGGCACCGGCGCCUGCUGCAGAAAACACCUCCAGCGACACGAUGCAUCGAGCGCACCUUCUCGGUCUCAGCGCACUUCUCGGUGACAAGUUUCCGCCGCUGGACUCACCCAGUCUGUACGGGAUGCUCACUGUACCGUGUCCGACUAGUUGA